UUAGUGCCUAGUGAAAGCCUUUAGUUUUCAUGCCAUUGAAAAGUCUGAAUGUUGAAAUGAGUUUCGCCCAGUUCGAGGAUGCGUUGGACGAUACUACAGAAUCACUUAGUAUAAUUAGGCUUGUUAAAUCACCUCCGCCUGAAGUUUCAGAUUUGCAAAGAGAUGCAAAUGUAACAACUGAGGUUGCUAUUGCGAAUGCGAUCUUCGGAGGAACUCGUGUUCAAGGACAUGAUUCUGAUGAACAGGAAAGCAGCGAGGACAUAAGUGAUUAUUGCGAUGAAGAUUCUUAUUAUUUGGAUGUUGACAACUUGAAAAAGAAUCAGGUCGCCAAUGUUCAACAGUCGCAUUCCAAUGUGCAGAGUAGCAGUCAAAAAGUGUCUAAUUUUCAACCUGCGGAUGCGCUGUUCAAAAAGUUCACUAAUAAAAUCAAUGUGGAAAAGUAUGAGGGACCGCUGGCCCUUCCUAUGCACGCAAAGAAUACUCUAAUUGAAACGCAAAGGAAAGCAGACAAUGAACGCUUGCGGAGCAAGGAUAAGCGGGAUCGUGCAACAGCGGAACAGGUGAUGGAUCCCAGGACAAGGAUAAUUUUGUUCAAACUGCUGAGUCGUGAAAUGAUAUGCGAAAUUAAUGGUUGCAUAUCAACCGGUAAAGAGGCUAACGUUUAUCACGCUACCUCGAAAAUUGGAAUGGAUUAUGCCAUAAAGGUAUUCAAAACGUCUAUUUUGAUAUUUAAAGAUCGCGAUAAGUACGUUACGGGAGAGUUCCGUUUCCGUCAUGGCUACAGUAAACAUAAUCCAAGAAAGAUGGUGCGUACCUGGGCGGAAAAAGAAAUGCGAAAUUUGGUGCGAAUGAAAAAGUGUGGUUUGCCCGUUCCGGAGCCUGUUCUACUUCGAAGUCACGUACUUCUAAUGCAGUUCAUCGGUCAAGAUGGAUGGCCAGCACCCAAAUUAAAAGAUGUGGAGUUGAGUUGCUCAAAGGCAAGAGAGUUGUAUCGGGAUGCUGUUGAAAUGAUGUGGACUAUGUAUAACAAGUGUAAGCUGGUUCAUGCCGAUUUGUCCGAGUUUAAUAUCCUUUAUCACGAAGGUAAGAUCGUUAUAAUUGACGUAUCACAAUCCGUUGAGCACGAACAUCCACAUGCGUUGGAGUUUCUAAGGAAAGAUUGUACGAAUAUUACUGAAUUCUUCCGUAAAAAGGAUGUUUCUACAAUGACAGUGAAAGAACUGUUUGAUUUUGUUACCGAUCCAAUUAUAACCGAAGCCAACAUGGAAGAAUGUUUGGAAAAAAUUUCGGAUAAAAUUGCCAAUCGUAGCUUUGAUGAGUUCACAGAACAGCAAAAGCUAGAAGAUGCGGUUUUCAAGCAAAUUUUCAUUCCUAAAACAUUACACGAUGUCUACGACGUUGAGCGAGACAUAUUUGAAGAGAAGAACAAAUCAGAUCUAGUUUAUAAAACGAUUACUGGAUUGGACGCAAACUUGCAAGUGGCGGAAAAACCGGAAAUUUUAUUAAUACCCAAAGCUGAGUUAGAUCAAGAAAACAAUACAUCAUCGUCGGCGGAAGAAUCAAAUAGUGAUGUUGAGGAGAACGAAGAGAAAAUCAAAACACCUGCUGUACGGUUAAAGAAUGAAACGUCGGAGGAGCGCCGUUCUCGCAAGAAAGCCGUUAAGCUCGAGAAAGCCGAAAAACGCGAAACCAAAGUGAAAAAGCACGUGAAGAAACGUAAAGAGAAAAUGAAAGCAAAGAAAUAAAACAGACACA